AUGAAGGGUCUGGGGUGCGUGGGAAGGAAAGGUAGAGGGGCAUUGUUGGCGUCGCUGUUGGUGGAUGGUGUGCGACCGAGUACAGAUGGUUGUGUUGCACGGAUGAUAACUAUUGGUUCUGUUGAUGAAGCUAAGCGAGCAGCUGGUGCGGUGGUGGAGGUAGCGGUAAUAGCUCCGCCUGAGAAGUUUGCAGCAGCGAGUGACGACCCCACUAAGUUCGAUUGGAUGAUGGACGCGCAUCGGUUGCACGUUUAUCGAGAGACACGGGCAACGAAGCCGUCACGAUGUGUCGAGCGUUUGAUGGGUCAUUCUCUGGAACAGUACCUAGAAUGGGAAAAGGCGACGGUGGCAGACGAGAUUUGCGAAGAGGCUUUCGGUGUUAAUCUUCCCCAGUUGCUGAGUGAUUUGUUUGAUCGAGAUAACGAUCAACAACUGAGUGCCGUACCGUGGAGUCCACCUCAGACAUAUGGCAUCCGUCAACUCUCAGCCGACGAACGCGUCCAUCUCUAUGCGCGAAUGCCGGCCGACUGGCAAUCUGUACUUGAUAAUUCUUCCGAUUCUGAUCUUGAAGACGAUAUGGAGGACGAUGACCUCGAGGUGGGUGGUAAGGUGGGCCUUUGCCAUUUGAGCUUUCGCAAACCGUAUCUUCCACAACUAAACCUUCCUCGGCUUAGCCUGUUCAGUUCGGCCGACAUUCGCCAACUUAAAUUACGUGAUUUAGGCGCCUGUUGUACUUCUCGAGGUGUUCUACUCUGUCUUGCAGCGGCCGCCGUCACAGGUACCGUGGUCGGCGGUUCUGUCAUCGCGUUCUCCGGCUCCACCGGUGAGGGCGUCUCCGUCGACGAUGCGGAGUCUGCAAGAACGCGCGAUCUGCUCAAGGAAGUCCGUGUCAGAGAAGACAUUUGUGCAUUGUUCUGGAACGAUCUCGCACUACGGACUGCCACACCGGCCAUGUAUGACUCUUGGCGAGGUGCGCCUUGGUGCAAUGGUUAUUCGGGUAGACUCGUUUGUGGCUCUACAGCAACUCUGUCGGAGUUGACCGCAAAGGCCAUCGCAAAUGCGAAAACGGUUGACGCAGAGCUGACUCGCGGCUUGUCGUGCUACAACUUCCGGUCGCCAUUCAAACACGAUUUGCCAACCGUGUGGGAAGCGGUAGUGCGACAUGACGCGCCGGAACUGUGUGCUGUAGUGUGCGAUACGCUUUCUACCACCCUCCAACGGAGGGGGCGGUACUUGGCGAAAAAAUUCGACAUAAAAGGCGCCGGCAAAAAAGCCAACAGGAUUGACGAAGAAGUGCUGGGGCAGUUCACGCACAACAAGAACUGCUCACGCGCCUACGUGGUCUCUCAACUUAGCCCGGCUGAUCCGCAGUGCAACUGCACCGUCGGCAUUCUUAAUUGCUUCGCCCGCUACCGGGGUGGUGUUGAAAUCCGCUGGGGGGACCUCAUUGACUUCGAAACAAACGAAGAACAACUCUCCAAACACGUCUCUGGCUACCACCGCGAAGGCUACAAGAUUAACCGUUGCGACUUUGAAUGCUUCGAAAAGUAA